AUGGUAAAUAAUAUUAAAAAUCAAAAUGCAAGAAUUUUGUUUUUAGGAACUGGAACGUCCAAUGGCAUCCCUAAUGUCUGUUGUUUGAACGUCCCAAAUCCUACAUGUCGCGUAUGCUCAGCCAGUUUGACACCGGAGGGACGAAAGAACAAGAGAAACAAUACAGGAGCAAUUGUGCAGAUUGAUGCAGAGGGAUGGAGUCGUCCGAAAACAAUCUUAAUUGAUUGCGGAAAGACUUUUUACAUGGCCGCGAUGGAAUUUAUGGUGAAGCAUAAGAUUCGAAACAUCGAUGCAGUUCUAUUGACGCAUGCUCAUGCCGAUGCAAUCAAUGGGUUGGAUGAUUUAAGGGCGUGGACGUCUGGGGGGAUUGUUCAAGACACUAUGAAAAUAUAUUUAACACGGGAUACAUUCAUGUCAAUUUCAAAUUCGUUUCCCUAUAUGGUGGAUGUUACGCAAGCCACUGGAGGUGGUAGUGUUCCUACGUUUGACUAUCGAAUCUUUAACCCGGAAGAGCCAUUCGAGUUAGAGGGGCUCGAUAUCACGACUGUACCAUUACCCGUGCACCACGGAGUCUAUUUCUCUCCCGGUAAGGAGAGUGUUCCAUUUAUCAAUAUGGGUUUUCGAAUUGGUGAUUUAUCGUAUAUUUCUGAUUGUAACUAUAUUCCUCCAGAAACAAAAGAUUUGAUGGUUGGAUCUCAAGUCGUUGUGUUAGACGCACUUCGGCAGAAACCCUAUCCAUCCCACUUUACUUUUAACCAAGCUCACGCAUUUGCCAGUUCCCUUACACCAGCUCCAAGACGGGUUUUGUACACCGGAUUUAAUCAUUCCGCGGAACACGAUGAGAUGAAAGAAGAAUUUUCAAAAUUAAGCGUUCCGACCGAGCCAGCAUAUGAUGGCCAAAUUGUAGAAUUUAACGUCUAA